AUGGCCCCGCCUGGUGUAUUCUUCUCCUUGAGAGUCUCGCAAGCGAUAUACGCUGUUGCUACAUUCGCACUCUUGUGCGCCGCCGCCCAUUCCUACUUUACCGCAUUUGACCAUGUCCCGUGGGAGGUAUCCGUUGCGAUGUCUUCCUCGUGCCUCUCACUCGUAGCCGUCACUUAUAUGGCUUACAUAUCGCUUUCCCCUUCACAAGGCCUCAGCAAGCCAUUCAUAUUUGCCAUCUAUUGGCUUGUAUCUUUCGUAUCCUUGGUGGCGUUCAUCUGCCUCGCAAAGUUCCUAGCAGGGGCAUCUGAAUGUGACGGCUCCCUUUGCGUUGUGACGAAGAUAUCCACAGUUGUGAUAUUCUUUAGCUACGCUGUAUGGACAGCUGCUACUACACUUGUUGGUAUCGAGAUAUCGAAGGAUAACGGUAAAGCCAAUAUUGCCUUGCAGGAGAAGCUGAAGGCUUUAUCUGAUGACUAA